AUGGAGCUUGAAGAAGGCAAAUUGAUUGUCCAGAAGUGGAGAUUUGGGAGCUGGCCUGAUGGUCUUGAUUCAACGGUGAAGAUCGCUUUUGAUGAGCCUGAACCAGAAGUAAUCUUACUCACACUGACGUUCUUGAAGAAGACAUGUUAG